CCGAGAGCUUCUCUCAACUCUACUGUGGAAGAGGACGGAGAACGUGCGCGCCGCCGCUGCUGUGCGGACUCGCUCUUUUCAUCGCUCCCUCUUCAUUCCCGGGGAAACACGACGGGCACGGCAUCGGACGCCUUCCAGCGGCCUCAUCGUCGACAAACAUGGAUCAAUUAGAGGCCUUUGAUCGACACCUAAACUCAUUUGUGGACGGUCUGUUUGGAGAAAGAGACCCCAGAGUGCGGGGAUGGCUGCUGCUGGACUCCUGCCUGCCCACGCUGUCCUUGACCGCUGUCUACCUCCUCGUGGUCUACCUGGGACCGCUGUACAUGAAGAACAGACCCGCCUAUUCCCUGAAGAACGUCCUGCUGCUGUACAACUUCUCGGUGACCAUGCUCUCCCUCUACAUGCUGGUCGAGCUCAUCCUGUCCAGCUGGACCGCAGGCUACCGACUCCAGUGCCAGAAUCUGGACAGCGCCGGCGACGGGGACAUCAGGGUUGCUAAGGUACUGUGGUGGUAUUACUUCUCCAAAUUAAUAGAGUUCCUGGACACCGUGUUCUUUGUUCUGCGGAAGAAGAACAACCAAAUCACCUUCUUGCACGUGUAUCACCACGCAUCCAUGUUCAACAUCUGGUGGUGUGUGCUCAACUGGAUCCCGUGCGGCCAGAGCUUCUUCGGGCCGAUGCUGAACAGCUUCAUCCACGUGCUCAUGUACUCCUACUACGGCCUGUCCACCAUUCCAUCCAUGCACAAGUACCUCUGGUGGAAGAAAUACCUCACUCAGGCUCAGCUGGUCCAGUUCGUAAUGACCAUUACGCACACGCUGAGCGCGGCCGUCUACCCGUGCGGCUUCCCCCUGGGCUGCCUCCUCUUCCAGUCUUCCUACAUGAUGACUCUGGUCAUCCUCUUCAUCAACUUCUACAUUAAGACGUACAAGAAGAAGCAGCCGCAAGCAGAUGGGAAAGAGCGGAGGAACGCGGUGAACAACCACGCUAACGGGUAUUCUCCCAGCAAUGGAGCGAGCGCCAAACGGAAGAAGCACUAGCUCUGGCUGAGAGAGGAACGGGAGAGCACAGUAAAGCAAGGUAACAGGAUUUAAGGGUGAUCUGAGACAUCACCGAACACGGUAGACAGGAACUAAAACAUUUCACGUCGGAC